AUGGGGAAUAGCGACUCGAAGCUUACAGCAUAUAGGGAGCAUAUUGAGAAGCUUGCAGGGCCAAAGGAGAUCCCGUUGUACUCCUGCAAAAGCACCUCGCACGCGGCGGUGCUAUUCUACAAGCAGCACGGGAGCGACAGCCAAAGUGCUGGGAAUGAGAGCAGUAGGGAGGGCACAGGCGAGCCAAGCGGCGGCGCAACCGCCAGGGAGCCCGGAUCUGGAGCGGGCAUCAUGGGAUGGCGCACAUUGCGGAGGAAUGGGAAGCCGGCUACGCCGGGCACCAGCAGUGCGCGGUCGGUGUCCAUGCGGUCUGCGCGGCCUGCGUCUGCGCGGUCCGCGCCCGUGCGGUCUGCUUCCGUGCGCGUAGCCAACGCGCAGGCCGAUGGCGGGCGGUCGGCGGCGAGUGCUGGCGUGCCCGAGGCUCCGGAAGCUGCGGGCGAAGGUGACAUAUACUGCGAGUUUUUUACAUGCCUUGCGCAGGAGCGCUUUUCGGCAGAGGACAUAUACGCCCUCCUUUCUGCGCAUGAGCUUCGGCACAUCUUCAUGUCGAACUCGCGCAAUUACCAGAACCUAGUGCGCUUUGCCUGUUUUAAGAUAUGUUCGCUUACGACACAGCUUCAGAUGAAACGGUCGGAGGAGGAUUUUAACAAGCGCUGCAUGGAGGCGAUUAACUGCAUACGAAUAUUGACCAAGAUCAUGCCGGUAUUUUUUGAGAUGGAUAAGGACGAGUCUCUAGAAAAAGCGCUCAUGUGGGACCGGAACAGUGCCGAGGUUACGAACUAUAACGCCAAGUCUGCGUCGACGACGGCUGCCACUGUUGGGGCGUCGCUAUCGUCUCCGGAGGUCGACCCAUUUGGUUUCAAUUUGGCAUCUCCGGCCCCAUUGGGUGAUGUCAGCUCUCCAAGUGCGCGUGGAUCUCGCCUAGGCCUUUCUCCAGAUUCCCUUUGUGUGGCGGUUGGGAAUAACUCUCUGGGGGAAGAGGUAGUGCCUUUAGGCGUGAUUCUUGUACAGUCAUGUCUCAAUUUACUUUUCAUGGAAGGAUUCACAUUGCCUGUCAGUCCUCACAAACAUGGCCAAGAGUCUGAUUUACACACUGAUUUCUAUGCCCAAGGUUACGGCCGCGUCUCGUUUUCUCUCUGGGAGCCUGGCAUUAACAUAGAGGAGAUGAGCUCUGCGCCUGCAAACCCCAGGCUCGAUUCGAAUAGGUUGGAGAUAUUAAGGUUGCUCAUAACGCUUUGCUCCACCAACUUGUACAAACAGGACGCUAUUAACAGAUAUCUCACAGUAUUAUGCACUAUGAUGCCAAAUUACAAUACAGUGUGCUUAGUCUCAUCCUUAGUGAACGUGUUAUGCAAGUACUGCAGCGAAACAGACGAGAACCACUACAACCCCCAGACCUAUAGUUCACAGGUGAAGACCUCCCAACUAAAUCUUCUACGGAAAUCUCUCUCAGGUGCAUGUAUCUCCAUGCUAAAUUUAAUGUUGAGGUUCCAACUACCAGAGGAGAACACAGCAGUAAACAGCUUUGUUUACUCAUUGAGCUCCAUUCAAGUAAAACAAGUUAUAGAGCACACACCAAAAGCAUACUUAUCGUCACUAAGCAAAGAGUUUGACCUAAAAUUAAUUCUCAGAUCUCUAGCGUCGAUAAUAAAAAGUCCCAUGGAUAUUGCUGUUGAGCAGGAGUCCAAUCCGUUCACGUGGUCACAACCGGGCAGUGUAGAUCGCAGGCAUACCUCUAAUGGAAUCGGACCAUCAUCGGCAGGCCAACAAGGGCCACAUAACCCUGCGAUUGUACCGAUCAGAAGUGCCUCAGCACAGGGCGCCAAUGGUGUCGCCAAGCAAAAUGGUUUUCAGGGAAACAAUUACAGACCGCAGUCAUCCAGUACUUCAAGCAGUGGCUCGUUUAAUUCUGCUACCACUGAACUUUUUUCUCUAAAUUUACAGGCUUUCGUUUUCUUAUGGGAAUUGAUGAAAUGUAACCGGGCCUUUGAAAACUAUGUGGCAGAUAAAUACUCGAACAAGCUAAUAUUAGUGAGCAUAUUCUACCUCAAGUACUAUCAAGAUGUACCGGAGUUCUCUACCACACUUAUUCCUGUUAUUGGUGGGUUUGUAACAUAUUUGAGCUCCAAGAAUCUCGUGUUAUACAAAAUGAUGGACCCGUUAAAUCUAAACUAUUAUACUAACAAAAUACCAAAUAUUUUCAAGUUGUCUUCUGGUAACAUUACUCUGACAACUUACAGAGAUUUCGCAAUCAUACACUUAUCGAACAUCGCAAUCACCCAAGUUACGAACCAAUUACCAUUGAAGCCUUACAUGUUUGAAUUGAUUUAUAAUCUUUUGUCGACUCCGUCGGAAUUCACAGGCGACGAACUGAGCUUACUAUCUUCAAAUAAACGUUCCGCUCAUUCGACUGGCUUAAGUUACCAGGCAUCAACUAACCUUUUACUUCUAUUAUCAAAAAUGGCUACAAUGGGUUAUUUAUCCACUUCGUCAUACAGUGAGACUUCACGCAAGUCAUACACAUACUCUUCGGGUGCGAAGCUUGAUAACUUAGCACUACUAUUGCGCGGUAUCCUCACUUACAUCUUAUUCUACUUUCAAGACUCGAAGAAUUUACUAUUUGCUCUUUGCAGGAAUGAGCGAAUUAUCUAUCAAUUAGACAAUGCAUUAAAGGAGUUUUCUGAUGGCCUCACAGAAGAUCAGUUGCGGCAAUUAUACUCACCAGAUGAUCGUAGAUCUCGAAAGUUGCUGGAUAAGGAGGAUGACAUGGCUAUGCCGAGGAUGUCACAUCUUAACGACUCGAGGCGCGUUUUUACUAAUCAUGCUUUAUAUUUCAAUCCUUAUAUUGAAAAUGACGUACCUGAUCAAACUAGCCCCAAUGAGAAUGAUGAUUACAGCGGUAGUGAUGACGAAAAUGACUUAGAUGACGCGAAUAAUUUUGGUCCUACAUGGGCUGGACCAGCAGGCAUUUCUCUCGCGAACAAUAAAUCUGCGAAAGUUUAUGAGCAUUUGGACUAUGAUCGUGAUUUGACUAUGAAGGAUACAAAACUAUACUUGAGUCUAAGACCUACUUGGCCGCUGGGGUUAACCUUGAGGGGCAAGUGGAAGACGAAGCUGCACACGCCUCUACACAAGGGUUGGCUAGGCGCUGCGACUUUGAGUCAGCUAAUGCAAGUAGUUCGUGUCGUGAACGGUCAAUUCCCCCAAAUAGCCGAGAUCAAGACGAAUCAGUAUUAUGAUUUGCUAAAGAAAAUUGGCGACUGGGAGCAGGAAUUUUUGCACACUAUAGAAACUUCUCUGACCCCAGAAAUUAAGGCCAUGGAUGGCAACUAUGAAACUUUAAAACUCGAUUGGGACGAAAACUCAACUGCUUCGAGAUGGUAUCUUUCUGUCAUCUGGGGUAAUAUUUUUACCGCUCAUAGCCAUCCUUAUUCUCUGUCGGCUGUGGAUAAGGCCGCAUACAAGCAACAUAAUCUAACAUCUCGGAGUAGUCUGGAUAAUAGUACUGCCAAUUAUAAUACUUCGCGCGCAGAUAGCGCUAGUUCCGUUGUGAACUCAUCGUUAGGCAGCGAUUAUCCACCCAAUGGUGCAAAUGCCGCUAGUCCAAAUUUGGGAAGGCCAUCAUGGCACUCAGCAGCAUCUUCCAGAGACAUCAGUAGCAAAGAAAGCCAGACAAGCAGCAACUACACCAGCAACGGUGCUUCAUCCGUCUUUAGAAUGGGCUGGCUGAAUUUUUCAAGAGGCGUAGCCGGCAGUGAUAGAGAUAAUGGCACUGCUGAUUCAGGUACAAGAUCCCAAUCUAGGCAAUUUGUGCCAGAUGUCGGACUUUUGAGGCCUAACAUAUGGGUGGGUACACGGAUUACCAUGUUCAAGGUGAAAGUGGAGAUAAAGGAGGAAUUCUCCCUGAUGGAAAUGACUGGUUCUUUCUUCCGCAGUUUGCGACUCAACACAUCCGCGACAUUAAAUAGCUCAGAUUACUAUUGUGGUUCUGCAGCCGAUAAUAGGGGCCAUAGUCCAGCGGAUACACGCAUCAGAGCACAGCGGCGCUCUCUGUCUGGACAACAAUCUUUGCUCCCGACAAAGCCCACCAUGCUUGCAUCGUACAAAUGA